AUGCUCAUCCUAUUGGCCCUGUCGUACAUCGGCGGCACGGUCGGAUUCAUACUCGUCACCCUCAGUAUCGCCUCUGGCCUCUACUAUGUCUCUGAGUUUGUUGAAGAACACGCCCGCUUCUCAAAGCUGGUCAUUGAGCGCCUCAUCCUGCUCGUGGUCGCCUUCAUCCUCUUGCUGAUGCUGGUCGAUGGUCUUUCUCCGGUGCUUGGCGUGCUUACACUUCUGGCGCAUGGCAUUUACUGGCGCAACCUCAAGGACUUCCCUGUCAUCCACAUGCAAAGUGUCUGGUUCAUUGGCGCCAUUUGCAGUGUCCUUGCAACGCACUUCCUAUGGUUCAGGGAGUUUGGCAGACUACAGCGGGAAUCAGCACUUCUGGCACAAUCUGCCUAUGGACGGCCAGGCGGAUCAAGUAGUGGGUAUGGCUAUGGCAGCACGGGGCAACAAGUCCCGGGACAAGUGACAUUCGGACAAGUCUCGAGCUUCUUUGGCAUUUGCGUCUGGCUUGUCCCCUUUUCACUCUUUGUGUCUCUAUCGGCGGGCGAAAAUACAUUACCGCUUAGUACGCCCUCACGCGCUUCGUCGCCGUCACUCGGUGGUAUUGAUGCAGCGGAUGGCAAACUGGCAGGCACGCAGCGAGGAGGCGGCCGCCAACGUGCAGGUGGACUCGUGAAGCAAGUGUACAAGCGAUGCGGCGAGGUGCUUCAACCAGUCUUGCAGUCUCUGGGCAUCACAAAGGAGGAAGAUGAGUAUACUCGGCGGACAGGACAUUUUGCAUAG